AUGAUAAGAAUAGAUCUCUACAAGUCCUGACCACGUGAUUUGCGAAAUAAUUAAUUCAGCACGUCCCUUAAGAAACACGGAGUCGUCAUUAAUCUGCCAAGCAAAGGACUCUAUCAGACUUGAAAACUGAAGAGAUCCCAAGAAUAUAAUAUACAAAGGGUGCAGUCCCUCUCCCUGCACACCUAGCUCUUUGGUAGCUGCUGAAAAAGAGACGCCUGGUCCGUGCCCACGGAUUAUCCAAAGGAACCUGAAGAUCCUACUCACACAGUUAAAGUCAAAAAUCAAGAAAAAACGUAAGUUUGGUGGCUGCGAGUGGCCCGGGCCGACGACGUGAGGCGCGGGGCGGCGGUCAAUGUUAUUUGAGCGGGGGCCGCGGGCCUCGGCGAUCGCAGAGCAGAGGAUGCAGAAAGCCGCUUACUAUGACAACGCGGGGCUCUUCGGGGGCUACACCUACAGCAAGGCCGACGCCUACCCCUACGGCACGGCCCACCAGCCCUACGGCCAGGCCGGCUUGGACGGCGAGUACCCCGGCUCCGCCUGCUCCGUCCAGAGCUCGGCGCCCGGCCGCGCCCCGGCCCACAAGGGCAGCGAGCUGAGCGGGAGCUGCAUGCGGCCCGGCGGGGGCGGCCCCGGGGGCAGUCAGCCCCCGGGGAUCGGCGACCAUCAGCCCCCGGCCCUGCCGCCCUCCUCCCCGCCCAACCCCCCUCCCAGUGUCCCCCCUCCGAAAAAAGCUAAGGGGGGUCCCAACUCCUCGGGCUCGGCCAGCGCCACCCUCAGCAAGCAGAUAUUUCCGUGGAUGAAGGAGUCCCGGCAGAACUCCAAGCAGAAAAGCACCUGCGCCCCCCCAGGAGAGAGCUGCGAGGACAAGAGUCCCCCCGGGCCGGCCUCCAAGAGGGUGCGCACAGCGUACACCAGCGCGCAACUGGUGGAGCUGGAGAAGGAGUUUCACUUCAACCGCUACCUGUGCCGGCCGCGCCGCGURGAGAUGGCCAAUCUACUCAACCUGACCGAGCGGCAGAUAAAGAUCUGGUUCCAGAACCGCAGGAUGAAGUACAAAAAGGACCAGAAAGCCAAAGGCAUCAUGCACUCCCCUGUCGGACAGUCUCCGGACCGCAGCCCCCCUCUGAGCGGCCCAAACCACGUCGGCUACUCCAGCCAGCUCCCCGGCGUCAACAGCCUCAGCUACGACGCGCCCUCGCCCACCUCCUUCGCCAAGUCCCAGCAGAGCAUGUACGGGCUGGCCGCCUACACGGCGCCGCUGAGCAGCUGCCUGCCGCAGCAGAAGCGCUACGCGGGCGCGGAGUACGACCCCCACCCCAUGCAGAGCGGCGGCGGCGGCUUCGCCAACCCCAGCCUGCAGGGCAGCCCCGUCUACGUGGGGGGCAACUUCGUGGACUCGAUGCCAGCUUCAGGCCCUAUGUUCAACCUGGGGCACCUGCAGCACCCCUCCUCCGCCAGCGUGGACUACAGCUGCGCCGCCCAGAUCCCGGGUGGCCACCACCACGGACCUUGCGACCCCCACCCUACCUACACGGACCUUUCCUCUCACCACACCUCUCAGGGACGGAUGCAGGAGGCGCCCAAACUCACGCAUCUGUAGCGGGGCGGCGGCCGGCGGGCCCCGCUCCCCUCUCCAUUACCUCACUUUUCUGACGGGACAGUAU